AGCAGUGCGCGGCGAGUCAGAGACGUGAGAGGGCGGCCAAAUUGAUAUUUGGUCUCCAACCAGCUCGGAUACGAACACACGUACGGAGCGCACUGCAGACUACAGACCCACCACCUCCUCACCUCCCAUAGUGAACCAUCCCGCCUGGCUCACACUACAGUACCAGGUCCAUUCAGAGUCAGACGUAACUUCACUCGCCACUAUACCGUCUCAGGAGCAGCCCAGCGCCGCUAACCAUGGAGCCGCCUGAUCCCGCCUGGCUCCGGCUCGUGCUGGCCAUCACCUUGUGGUCCACCUGCCCCGCACAGGAAGUUAGCCCAGAGCCGUGCACGGUGGAGGGGUUUGGUGACUCUGGCUGUGGAGGAUACCGGAACCUUCUGUCUGACUGCGGGGUGCUGAAGACUGUAGGCUUCCCGGGACAUGACUACCCUAACAACAGUCUGUGUGAAUGGCACAUCCACGUCAGCCCCAGGCACAGGAUCAUCCUCAGCAUUGAUGUCUUCGAGAUGGAGGAAUCAGGUCCAGAGUGCGUUUACGACUACUUCUCUGUUUUCGACGGCGUGAGCGAAAAUGCCCGGAUGUUGGGAAAGUUAUGUGGCGCGCAUGCGCCCUUCGUCAUCCUCUCCAAAAUCGGGUUACAAUCUGCCAAGCCGCUUAUUGCGUUGGGACCACCUCUUCUCCCCACGCCUGGAUUCAUCAACUUUACACGAGAUGACUUUUCAGAAGAAGAAGAUGAUUCUUUUGUUACUCGGCAAUACCUGAUCCAGUCCAGGAUCAGAGAAAGAGUUGUGCUAGAGUGGACUAUCAUCGGAGGAAAGCGUCGAUUCAGAAAAUCAUGUUUAGAGAUUUUCAGCGGCGAUGCCAAAGCAGAGGUAGCAGAUUUGUCUGUUAGAUGCAAUGAGUCCAGGUCAUCAUCCGGGGUAUUUCGGGCCAAAGGUCACCGCGUGUAUCUCCAAGUGACCUUCAACACUGCACUUGACAGGUUGAAGAUCUACCUCCGCCAUUACGGGGAAGAUACUCUGGAUAAACUACCACCAUGCAUCAGCAGCCCUGGUGGUGGAUCUGAUGUCGGCAAGGUCAAUUUCGACGAUGCAAUUAUUCGCCAAAACCUGCCGGGUCGAGGGGAUGACAUCUACUGUCAAGCGAGUCUAUCGUCUGCCGCAGGUCGUCACUUGUCAACAUCAUUUGCAUACGUCAACAACCCGCAGGCCGCCAUGUUGGAUUCCAAUAUAACCACUGGCCGGAUGCAAUUGUCGGUAUACGAUGGCAAAAGUGAAAUUGUAAACACGGGAGACUCAUUUCUACACCCGACACUUCCAUUACCGAUCGUCUCCAGGGGUGCUGAAAUUGUCCUCGUAUAUUGGUCAGACAAUGCAAACGGCCGUGGGCAAUUGCCAACCAUCCAGGCCCAGUUUAGUCCAACAGAUUGCCCAGACUUCUCCCAUCUUCUUGUGGAAAACACAACUAUUUCAGUGACUGAGAAAUGUGGAAGCUUCAGACAAGCACCUCAGCAGGCGCCCACUAACCUGGACUAUCACAUCCUGAUUGAGAGUAAGAGUGGAAACAACCUGAAGCUGGAUUUCCCGCCCCUGUCCGUAAAGCAGGAUGUCCAGUUUGUCUGUAAGGGGAUGAAGGAUAUGUGCGAGGAAGAUUUACAGGUCUACGACCACUCCGGUGACAUCCCGAUGUUGAUCUACUCCUACUGCCGAGACCGUAACCCGGAGUGGAGAACAGUUUUGUCCUCCAGCAGCUCUGUUGAAGUCGUGUACAAGUCUCGCUGUGCAUGGUCGGAUGGUGACGUCGACGACUACGUCACCAUCAAGGAAGGAGCUAAGAACGGCGGUUUUCAGACGACAAAUGAGCUGACAGAAAACUACGAUAUCUUCCCUUACCUGUCAACAACCAAUCAAGUUCUGAUAAAACUCUCCAAGGGACAAAACGGCACUCAAACGAGCUUCGUGGCUCACUACUGGAUGGAAGAGGAGGCAAAAUUUGUUAAGGACAUGGAAGACGUGUACUUGUCUGAGGAGCUGUGUGAGCCCGGCUUCACCCACUACAGAGGGAACUGUUACCAGGUGGUGGCCAGCCUGGUGCCGCUGUGGUGGGAAUCCGCGCAGCAGCGCUGCAGCGACGUCAGCGCAAAUCUCGCGAGCAUCACGAGUCCGUACGAGAUGAAGUUCAUCGAGCGGCUGGCCCGGGAAAGCCUGGCCGUCGGCGGGAGUGCACCAAUCAUGGCGUUCAUUGGCUUACGCUCGAAAGGCACCUCGGGAAGAUACGCAUGGGUUGAUGGGAGUGACGUCACUUUCACGAGAUGGCAGUGGAGGCCGGCUGAGGCUGCGGGGCAGGGGAAGACCGCGCGCUCGUGCACGCUGAUGACGAUAGGGCGGAAGGAGGGGGACCUGGAGACCGGGUGGUACCCUGUCCCGUGUGACUAUCCACGGGCUGGCAGGGACUUUAUCUGCAAAGCUGGCGCAAGAGGAUGCGGGGAAGGAUGGACCCUGGUUGGAUCCACGUGUCUGAAACUUUUCCGGCUAAAAGGACAGGAGAUCCAUUAUGAUCGUAUCUGUACUGAUAUCGGAUCAACGGUCGCGCUGGUAAACCACACCAGCAAACUGCCACUGAUACAAGAGUAUCUCGAUCAAUCGUGGCCCAGAUUCCCUGAACCUAAAGUGUUCAUGCAAAUAAAGGAAGAAGGGACAGCGACUUGUAACGUCCUGGAGAAAGAGGAGGGAACGGGACAGCGGUGGGAGGUGGCGACGACUGAAUGCUACAGGCGGCUGCCAACUCACGUGCUUUGCUCAAUGCAAAAAGAUGCCAAGACCUGCCCGGCGAUUUGCUCCUGCUUUGAGGACACAGUUUCCUGUGCAGGGAAGGGACUGGAACAGCUGCCAGACAUGAUUCACAAGACAACCAGAAAACUGUUACUUGGAAGCAACAAGCUCAACUUCACCACACAGUCGUUCACGGCAUGGCAUCUCCUAUCAUCACUAGUUUUCUAA